AUGGUACAGCCCAUUGGUAAGGUGCUCUGUGACUCAGAAGUCACUGCGCGCGACUUAUCGUUCAAGUCGGCUCCUGGUGAUGCACAGCUAGUUGCAGCUGCAGAAGUCGUCCGUCAGACGUACACCGCUGACAUCCUAGCAGCCGAAGCCCGAAUUCAAGCUACUGCAGCAACCCGAUGUCCUGCUCCAACAACCCAAUCUCCUGCUCCGGCAACGCAAGUUCCUGCUUCAAGUGCAGCACGUACGGCUAGCGGUGCUGUACCGUCAACUCUAUAUCCGCGAACCCCACCGAUUCGACACGCAAAAGCACGGUGGUCUCUCGUUCAAAGCGCAAGUCCGAUGGCGAUUAUGCCGCCUCGGUCGAUACGGUCUGUUGUUCAGCCGCUGCUGGCUACAUCCCCUCAUCUACAAAACUCAGAUUCAGCGUCAGCAUGCGAGGACACACAAAUUACUGAUAACGAGUCCGUCGAAUCUGCGUACUCUCCGAGCGAACCUGAGCAAGCGCUUGAGAAAUUUGGAGAAUGUGAGACGGAUUGA